UUGGGGUUUUUGGUUUUUUGGGGUCCCAAAUCCGGGGGUGCCCCCGCAGCCCCCCCAUGAAGGGCGAGCCCCCCCCCAGCAGCACCCUGAGCGUGGGCCAGGCCCGGAAAAUGGUGGAGCAGCUGAAGAUCGAGGCCAGCCUGUGCCGGGUGAAGGUGUCGAAGGCGGCGGCGGAGCUGCUGAGCUACUGCGAGGCGCACGCGUGCGAGGACCCCCUGCUGACGCCCGUGCCCACCUCGGAGAACCCCUUCCGCGAGAAGAAAUUCUUCUGCGCCCUCCUCUGACCCCCCCCACC